UGAACGGGUUUCCCAAAUUUCUAACUUGGAAUUUUUUUGAUCUUCGAUUUCCAAACGCCCAACGCCCAACGAACCGAGGAGACGACAACCACCGACAAAAUGCCCCCCAAGACCGGAAAGAAGGUGGCGCCUGCGCCUUUCUCUGCAGGCAAGGCCAGCAAGAAGGCUGCCAAGAACCCGCUCCUCGAGAAGCGCAGCCGUAACUUCGGUAUCGGCCAGGACAUCCAGCCCCGCCGCAACCUCUCGCGCAUGGUGAAGUGGCCCGAGUAUGUCCGUCUCCAGCGCCAGAAGAAGAUCCUCAGCAUGCGCCUGAAGGUCCCCCCUGCGCUCGCCCAGUUCCAGCACGUCCUGGACAAGAACACCGCCGCCCAGGCUUUCAAGCUCCUCAACAAGUACCGCCCUGAGACCAAGGCCGAGAAGAAGGAGCGUCUCCUCAAGGAGGCCACCGCCGUCAAGGAGGGCAAGAAGAAGGAGGAUGUCAGCAAGAAGCCUUACACCGCCAAGUAUGGUCUCAACCACGUCGUCGGCCUGAUUGAGAACAAGAAGGCCUCGCUUGUCCUGAUCCCCAACGACGUCGACCCCGUCGAACUUGUCGUCUUCCUGCCCGCUCUCUGCCGCAAGAUGGGUGUCCCCUACGCCAUCAUCAAGGGCAAGGCCAGGCUCGGUACCGUCGUCCACAAGAAGACCGCUGCCGUCCUCGCCAUCACCGAGGUCCGCUCCGAGGACAAGACCGAGCUUUCCAAGCUCAUCUCGGCCAUCAAGGAUGGCUACUUGGAGAAGUCCGAGUCUGCCCGCAGGACAUGGGGUGGUGGUAUCAUGGGUUACAAGGCCCAGCAGCGCGAGCUGAAGAAGCAGAAGGCUCUCGACUCGGCCAUCAAGGUCUAGAUUCGUUUUGUUCUAAUGCUUCUUUGUUCUUGCGAAUGGCGUGUGGGUGCAUUUUGGGCGGCGUUCGGAUUGGCACAAAAAGGGUUAUUACGAAUGAUACUACAGCUUUUCAAUUCUUCCAAUGCACGAUGCCCACGCCACUCCUCCGGCUAGAAAUUUCGCGUAGUGAAAUAAUGUUCUCGUGUAGGCGGGGUAUUAACAUUGCUUAACAAUCGUAAAA